GAGUACGCUUGGUGUGGGGCGGAGUCAUGCCCCGAACCGGAACUCCGUCGCCUACCGUGGCCGACUGCUGCUGAGCCGCGCUGAGCGGUGCGGAUCCCGAUGGACGUGUGGUGGAGGCGGGAGGGGCUGUGAGCCGUCCAUGUGAGGUUUCCUUUCCCUUCGUUCCUCAGCUCAUGCCUAAAAGCAGGUCGAAGCUUGGAUUGGCCCCAGCAUCUGGCCCCACAAAGCCUUGACUCUGAAGCAGAACUUUUCAGGACUAGCAGUCUGCCAGGGCCCAGCCUCUAGAUGCAGUCUGAAUCAAGCCCACAGGCCGAAUCAAGCUCACAGUCUAAAUCAAGCCAGAAUGAAGAGGAGGUCCCCUCCCUCCUGUGGGGAUUGGAUCCUGUGUUUCUAGCCUUUGCGAAACUCUACAUCAGGGAUAUUCUGAAAAUGAAGGAGUCCGGCCAAGUACCAGGUAUAUUUUUUUACAAUGGGCAUCCAAUAAAACGGGUAGAUGUCAUGGGAACUGUCAUUGGAGUGAGAGAAGGAGAAGCUUUCUACAGUUACGGAGUGGAUGAUGCCACUGGAGUUAUAAACUGCAUCUGUUGGAAAAAGUUGAACAAUAAUGAGUCUUUAUCAGUCCCAGCUGCUCCAGGCACAGCAAGAGAGCUAAGCAUGACCUCACAGCUUAAGAAACUACAGGAAACCAUUGAGCAGAAAACUAAGAUAGCAAUUGGGGAUCUCAUCCAAGUCAGAGGCCAUGUCCGCACGUUCAGAGAAAAGCGAGAAAUUCAUGCCAUCAUUUAUUAUAAAGUGAAUGACCCAAUGUGGAGUAUUCAAAUUGGAAGGAUGCUUGAGCUGCCAGCUCUCUACCGGAGGGUUUAUGACCAGCCCUUCUGCAGCCCAGCCCUGAAGAAAGAAAUGGCACUGAGCAGCAAUCCAGGCACUUUGGAUCUCGCGAGUCUCACAUCUUUGUUGAGUGAGAAAGUCAAAGAAUUCCUUGAGGAGAAGAGAGUGCAAAGCUUCUACCAGCAGGAGUUAGAAAUGGUGGAGUCCUUACUGUCCCUGGCCAGUCAGCCUGUGAUUGAGAGUACCUGCCCUGACCAAGUGGAAUUAAAGAACAACACCACUUCCAAAGCAAUUCAUAGUAUAUUUAAGAAUGCUAUAAUGCUGCUACAGGAAAAAGGACUCGUGUUCCAGAAAGAUGAUAGUUUUGAUAACCUAUACUAUGUAACCAGAGAAGACAAAGACCUGCACCAAAAGAUCCGCAAAAUCAUUCAGGAAGACUGCCAGAAACCAAAUCAUGUAGAAAAGGGCUGCCACUUGAUGCACAUCUUGGCCUGUGCACGCCUGAGCCUCCACCGGGACCUAAGCAAAGCUGUGCUGCAGCAGGUGCUAGAGCUCCUAGAGGACCAGAGUGACAUCAUUAGCACCAGGGACCACUACUACAUGGCAUUCUGAGCAGAGGCCCACAGAGCUAGAGUCAAGGAGCUGUUCAUCCCAGUCUAUGAGCACAGACAUUGUGUGGGGCUUGCAUGUUUGUGAUAUCACAAUAAACAUUAUCAUACUCA